CAUUUUAAAUAUUUACAUAUAUAUAAGCCUAUAUAUAUUUUUAUCAGAAAAAAUAAUAUAAUUAUUUUAAAAGAAUGUCGGACACUGAUGACUUGGAUUCGUGCGACUUCGCCAAUGUUUCGGAACUGGCUACUCAUCUGGCUCCUGAACCGGAACAAUUGGCUAUUCUUUCUCCGAAUCAUCCGCUUCUGUACAAGUUUCAACGGUCAUUAAAAGAUCAUCUGUUACGUACUAAGCAAAAGUUAGAAAAUGAAAUUGCCGAAAUUAAGUACCAAGUUAAAGCAAAGGAGCAACGACGGGAAGAGCAGGGGCUAACAUUAUAUGAUAUGCAGCAUAAAAUGGGUUUUCAAGAAGAACAAAUUAAAGAAAUAUCUUUAGAAAUCGAUAUGCACGUACAAAGCCGUCAAGUGGAAGAGUUUGGUGUGAAUACUAUUAAAAAAAAAUACGAAGAAAAAGAAAAACUAACUAGAUCUCAAAAAGCAUUAUAUCAUGAAAGGAUGGUGGAACUGGAAGAUCUGCAAUGCUUAGGUAGUAAUAUAAAACAAUGGGCUUUCGAUGUAGAAGAUGAAGUGAAAAAUGCUAAACGCAUUGUUAGCAGAGAUGCUCAAUUACAGAGACAGCUAUCUCAGGAGAAACGAAAAUCCGACAUUCUAUUUUAUCGGCUAGAAAUGGAAGUUAAAAAAAGAGAAAGUGAGCUACAGUCAAUUUGUGAAGAGGAAACAGCAAUAAAAGAUAUAGUAAGCAUUUUAAAUAUGAGUAUAGCAGAUGCCAACACUGAUCUAGAGGUAUUACAAAAUGAGCAUAAGCGGCUUACUCAAGCAUGGAGCGAAGUUAUUAUAGCAAUACAACUAAGAGAUAAAAUAUUAUUUCAAGUUCAGGACAAUAUGAGAAAACAUAGAGAGUCAAUAAAACUAAAUCUGGCCGGCAUUGAAGCAAUUAAGAAACAAAUUGCAAAGGAAAUGGAACUUAAUAGAAAACUGGAAUCAUUUAAGCAAAGAUUAACCGAUGAUACAAACUCUUUGCGGCGGGACUGUCAAGAAGAAAACGAAACGCUUUUUCGGUUACAAGCAAAGCUGGAUGAGUUACCAGACUUCUUAGCAAGCACUGAGGCCGAUCUACAAGGUGCACUGCGUGAUGGGACCAGAUUAUUAUCGGAAAUUCGGAAACUUGACUAUACGUUGGACAAAUAUCACCAAAAAAAAUUUCGAACUGAAGAAGCAAUAUUAAAGUUGGCGCAGGACCAACUUGUAGCGGAUAAGUCUACUGCUUAUAGAUUGAAAUUAUUAAAUAAGUCUCAAGAACGUCGUCGAAAUAUAGAUUUAUCAUUAUCAAAGGUACAAAGUCAAUUGGCGUCUUCUAUGCUCGACGUGGAAAAACUCAGAAGUGUAGUUUUAAAAACUAAAGCCCACAAUGAUGUAAUUACACAGAGUCUCAACCAAUCUGAGUUUAAAUCUAGCAAUCUUGAGACAGACCUAAAAAAAAUGCACUGUAAAAUUGAAGUAAAAAUGAAAUUGUUUGAAAAGGUCAGUAACAAAAUAGAAAUAAUGCAAAAGUUAUUUGGUGAAGCUUCCGGUAGUCCCACUGAACUGAAGAUAAAACAAAUCGAAAAAUCAAUUCACACUGGUGAGCUGCAAAUCCGAGAGCACCAACAAUUUUGGAUAAUGCUGCAGAAUCAUUUUGUAAAUUUAUCGCAAAAAAGAAAUGACCAGCUUAAUGAAAUUCAAGUCACUCGCAAACAAUUGUCUAUUAUAAAACAGAAGUCUCUAAAAAUUGACCAGGAGCUGGAAAUUUCUGAAAAUAAGACUAAAGAUUUGUGUAUGUAUAUACAGAAAUAUACAUCGAAGCUAGAAAUGCUUAACGAAAAAAUGUAUAAGAAGAGAAUACACCAUGAUUUGGAGGAGACUGAGUUUGAACACGAGCAGACUGAGCUCAGUCAAAAACUAAAGGAUGCCGAGCUUGGAAUAUUAAAGUUGGAGGGAGUGAUCUCUGAAUUACGAAACGGAAUUGAACUUCAUAAAGACUUAGUGAUAGAGAACCAUAGAGAAGCAUUAUCUUGGGAAUCAAAAUUUAAAUUACUUGAAGAAACAAUUCGAUGGUCAAAGACAGAGCGCUCAUUGAAUAGUGAAAUAGGCUCAAUGAAAACGGAAAUUCAUCGUAUGAAUAUAAGAUAUAGUCAACUCAAGCGAGCGCAGGAAAGACUGGUUCAAGACUUAGAACAUUGUGUUAUGCACCGUGAACAAAUUUUUGUUAAUGCAACUAUUAAAGAACAUGUAAGGGCAAAAAUAUUAAAACUUCAAACUGCUUCUCAAACUCAGGUACGACUUGAUGAAGUUCACAAUAGAGCAAUGCUAAUACAUAAUGAAAUAGCAUUUCUAUCAGACAAUCGUUUAACAGAAGAUGUCAAUAAGAUUGAACGCAUGAUUUAUAUGUUAAGAAGAAUUCAAUCAGACCUGAAUAAUAUUAUUGAAGAUGAUGUCAAGAUCAGACGACAAAUAGAGAAUGCUUAUUUGUCUAAACAUGCCAAUUUAGAACAAAUUAUUCGGAAACAGACGCGUGCUAAGGCAUAUCGAAGGCUUAAACUGAUAAAGUCACACCAAAGAAUAGUUCGCUCAGAGAUGACAGUAGAUCAGCUCUCCCAAAAACAAUCCGAUAUGAACAGCAAACUUAUGAAUAUAAUUCAAAAUCUGAUGAUUGACUACCCCGAAAAAAAAAUAUUCUUUACAAAAAUUAUUCAUAUCCUGAAGGAAUAAUAGGACGUCUUCCUUGUGCUCGCCAUACUACAAAAGAUUAAGUGCACUUGAAACGGACUUGAUUAAAAUCAAAACAAAAUAAAAUAUACCA